AUGGCGUCGUGUGACGGGCUGCAGAAGACCAGCAUAGUGGUGCUAGCAAGACGCAGUCAAGAACGAGACAAUCUUGGCAUGCUGGUCUGGUCACCGAAUCAGAACUUGUCAGAAGCAAAACUGGACGAGUACAUCGCCAUUGCCAAGGAGAAGCACGGGUACAACAUGGAGCAGGCUCUUGGAAUGCUAUUUUGGCAUAAGCAUAAUAUUGAGAAAUCAUUGGCUGAUUUGCCCAACUUUACCCCCUUCCCAGAUGAGUGGACUGUGGAGGAUAAAGUCUUGUUUGAACAAGCCUUUAGUUUUCACGGGAAAACUUUUCAUAGAAUCCAACAAAUGCUUCCUGAUAAGUCGAUCGCCAGCCUCGUGAAGUUUUACUACUCUUGGAAGAAGACAAGGACCAAGACCAGCGUGAUGGAUCGCCACGCCCGGAAGCAGAAGCGGGAGCGUGAGGAGAGUGAGGAUGAACUGGAAGACACAAAUGGAAAUAACACCAUUGACAUUGAGGUCGAUCAGAGCAAGGAAAGCAAAAAGGAGGUGCCCCCCACUGAGGCAGCUCCUCAGAUCAAGAAGGAGAAGCACAGCGCACAGGCGAAGACCAGAGCCAAGAGGAAGCCCCCGAGAGGGAUGUUCCUGUCUCAGGGGGACGUGGAGGCCGUUUCUGCCAACGCCACGGCGGCCACCACGGUGCUGCGACACCUGGACAUGGAGCUGGUUUCCAUCAAGCGCCAGAUUCAGAACAUCAAGCAGACCAACAGUGCUCUCAAAGAAAAACUCGACGGUGGGAUAGAGCCGUACCGGCUGCCAGAGGUUGCCCAGAAGUGCAACGCGCGGUGGACCACAGAGGAGCAGCUUCUCGCCGUGCAAGCCAUCAGGAAGUACGGCCGGGACUUCCAGGCCAUCUCAGAUGUGAUCGGGAACAAGUCCGUGGUACAAGUGAAAAACUUCUUCGUGAACUACCGGCGCCGCUUCAACAUAGACGAGGUCCUGCAGGAGUGGGAGGCGGAGCACGGCAAGGCGGAGCCCAACGGCCCCGGCGGCCAGAAGCCGGCCAAGUCCCCGGACAACGCCAUCAAGGUGCCUGACGACGACGACGAGGCUGCUUCUGUUCUUGAUGUCAGAUACGCAUCUGCUUCGUGAGAAACUGGGGCUUGUGCACCGGUGUGGACGGCGGCGUCACCGGUGCCAGGCCGCGGCGUCGUGGCCGCCUGCAGCACGCUCUGGACAAGCAGCUGUCACCAAAAAGGCGCGCCGGGCCCGGC